CACGCCUCAUCCCAGUUAGUGCAUUGACAUCUCCGUGAACUCCAACGCUGAGGAAAAUUCAGAAAAUAUGGAUUAAGAUGAUGUGAACGCAACGCACAACAGAGAUGACUGGCAGGACAUGGGAUUUCUCUGUUGUCAUGGAGAUUAUAGCUUUAGCUUGUUUUCUCCCAGUCAUUGCUUGUGCCACACCAUUUCCCAGUGAUCUUCAGCCAAUCAGUGUGGUGAAACUGGAGGACUCUCACCUGUAUCCAAGUUUUCGGGGUCUAAUGUCAGAUAAUGACACAAAGCGUCUCGGCCUGGACUACCAGCUGAUGAUCAGAAUCCAGCAGAUGUUGUACAUCGCUGCCAGAGACCAUGUGUUUGUUGUGAAUCUUACUGCUGCAGUAAAUCAAAUAUUACCACAGCAGAUACUCAUGUGGAGAUCUACAGAUGUGUCCAAGUGUGCCGUCAGAGGCAGAAACAGUGAUGAAUGUUAUAAUUACAUCAAAGUUCUUGUGCCUCGUAAUGACGAGACUCUGUUUGCGUGUGGGACCAACGCGCUCAACCCCACCUGCCGAAACUACAGGUUGAGUACACUGGAGCAGGUUGGCCAGGAGCUGUCGGGUCAGGCACGAUGUCCGUUCGAGUCUCGCCAGUCAAACGUUGGACUGUUUGCAGGUGGUCAUUUUUAUUCGGCCACAGUGACAGAUUUCCAGGCGAGUGAUGCUGUCAUUUACAGGAGUUUAGGAGGAGAAGGGCAACCUGUCCUGCGUACAGUCAAAUACGACUCCAAAUGGCUCAGAGAACCUCACUUCCUGCACGCUGUCGAAUAUGGCAACUAUGUGUAUUUCUUCUUCCGUGAGAUCUCUGUAGAGCACACGGCUGCAGGAAAGGUGGUGUAUUCGCGUGUGGCUCGCGUGUGUAAGAAUGACAGCGGGGGCUCUACACGUGUGUUGGAUCGCUACUGGACAUCAUUUCUGAAGGCUCGAUUGAACUGCUCAGUUCCUGGAGAAACCUUCUUCUACUUUGAUGUUUUGCAGUCGCUUACUAAUGUCCUACAGAUCAACCAGCGGCCCGCUGUGCUCGGACUCUUCACUACACAGAUUAACAGCAUUCCUGGUUCAGCUGUAUGUGGAUUUUAUUUGGAUGACAUUGAGAGAGUUUUUAAUGGGAAGUUUAAAGAUCAGAAGAACAGUGAUUCAGUGUGGACGUCAGUACCUGAGGAACACGUCCCCAAACCACGUCCUGGUUCAUGUCCAGGUGAAGGUUCUGCGUCCUCGUUCUCCUCCUCGGUCCAGUUUCCAGACUCUGUUCUGUCGUUUAUUAAGACACACCCACUGAUGGAUGAGUCUGUGCUUUCAGUCAACAACCAACCACUGAUCACCAGCACUGCCAGCCGGUAUAAACUAACACGGAUUGUUGUGGACACUGCUGCUGGGCCUCAUAAGAACUGCACAGUCGUAUUCUUGGGUUCAGAGGAUGGCCGUGUACUGAAGGUUCUGAUCAACACUUCACCCAACAGCACACACAGCUCCAAACUGCUGGAGGACAUCGAUGUCUUCAAUCCCACACAGUGUAGUCGUGAGCGCAGGGUGUUGGGUCUGGAGUUGGAUAAGGAUCAUCACGCUCUAUUUGUGGCAUUUUCUAGCUGUGUUAUCAGAGUUCCUCUGAGCCGCUGCGCCAAACACAGCACCUGCAAGAGUCACUGUAUCUCCACACAUGACCCAUACUGUAUCUGGCUGCGUACAGGACGCUGUGCUGAUGUGGCCCCAGGAUUUAAGGCAGGUUUUGAGCAGGACAUUGAUGGUGAUAAUAACUUACAGUUAACUGACACGUGUACCGAAGAUGUGAUGUCAUCAGCAGAUCAUAAUCAGAAUUCAGCGGUGGAUUCAGCGUCUGGUGUGAAGCAGAUUCCUGAUGCUGAGGGUUUGAUCAGCACUCAUCACUUUACCCUGCUGGCCGUGUGUAUGUUGAUAGCGUUUGUGUUAGGUGCGUUUGUGUCGGGAUUGCUGCUGUUGUGUUUCUGCAGAUCUCGUCGAGCACAAGAAUCUGAGGAGACGCUUCCACACACCCUCAACAGUCUCGCCAAAAUCAACCACCUACUGGAUACUAAACCAGACUUCACAAACUCCCACAUCUACAGCUCUACCCCAGCCUGCAGACAACAGACCCCCAAAUCACAUGUGACAGAUGAAAUGCCUGGCCAGCCUGUCAGGAAUGAGCUGCUUUCAACCAUUCCCACCCCUGAUUCAACGCCAGAAUUCUCCAUCAAGAGUGUCAAGUCCAUUAACAGCCAAUGGGAGAGAAGCCACGCCUCCACGACUACAGAUGUAAACGUUCCACUGGCCACCCAUCAUCAGGAACUUACUAUAAAUUACACAUCACCCACAGAUGGCAUAUUCAAACACAGAGACAGAAUUUCAGGGGGGCAGGACAUCAGUGUUAUGACCUCAUCACUGUUGUCGGGCGAUGUCGUAUCGAACCCACCGGUGCAGAUCCCGCUCAUGCAGUCAACAUCGUACUACAGCUGCUUAACCCCACCCGAUCACACGUUUAAAGAGAUUCCCCAGCAGCAGGACGACAGCAGAGAGCCGAUGUCUCGCUUGUCCUCGCAGCACCACGGUCUAAUCAGAAUAAGCAACGGGGUUACCACGACCCGGCAGCACAGUUUUAACAAGAAAGGCACGAACAUCUAUGAGACGCAGACACCGUUGAUCACGGGCUCCUCGUGUCUCAUCCGACAGCACAGCUUCAGCGAGCCUCCUCAUCUUCAGCCGACAGCUGUCAUCAGACGGGCAGCAUCCCUGAAACCACAGAUACCCCCGAAACCCAUAAACAUACAAACCAGAGCGCGACACCUGACCUCUACUGCCUCCAAUAACACACAUGACAAAAACAACUUCUGACUAAACACACGGACUGCUUUCCUAAGCCAACACAACUCAACACCAGAGGCUCUGAAACAGCAGAUCGAGUGCUGUACUAUAAUAUACCUGUUGUUUAAAAAUGUGAUGAUAGCAGUUCACUUUAUCUUUAAUUCAUCAUGUGAAAAAAGUGCAUUUCAGAUUGAGCCCAAUGCAUUGUGGGAUACGGUGUCUUGGUUGCACAUUCAUCCAACUGUAGUUCCAGGUAUUUAUCUCUAUAGAAAACUUGCAUACUGCACACAGUAUACAUACUACGUGUGUAAAUACUGCAUGCUAGUAUGCUAUUUCAAAUAUAGGCACAGUAACAAAGCUGUUUUAUUUCACCUGUUGUUGGGUUAUUGUAAUGCAUUGAAUACUGUGAAGUGUGCAAUGACAAGAUGUCUCUGUUUAAAGAUUUUUAUUGAGAAGAGAUGAGAGGAGGUCAGG